AUGAGGUUGCCCGCCUCAGCGCUCGUCACAGCAUUCUUGCUUGUUGGUCCUCAACACGCUCAAGCAUCCCUUGCCAAGUCCGAAGGCCUCAACACCUUGUUCGAAGCGCUCGCUGAUCUUACUCGUCCUGCUUCCCAAAAGCGUCUCCCCGCUGGCGCAAACACGUUCAGCUUGAGCUCUGACCCUCGACAGUCUGGUGUUCAAUGGAGUGUUCAGCAGACCCAGCCUACCAUCCUAGAGGAUGGCAAACUCAACGUCCCCGACUUCAAGCUCGUUACCCAAGGUGAAAAGUCCAAGUCCGCUCAAUCACCUGCCGCUUCUUCGCCUGACUCGGCUUCCACUUCCACCUCUGCGAGCAGCAACCCUGGUAUCACAAAUGCCAAGCAGGCUUUUUCCUCGAGCUCCUUCUAUCCCGUCAACCCGCCUUCUUUCCCUCUUGCUGUGAGGAGCCCAUACUUCAAUGCUUGGCUUCCUUCGGGCUCUAACUUGGACUCGACUCCUCCCAACACCGUCGGCAAUGGCGGCUACUUGGCUGGCCAGUGGCCCUCAUUCUGGACCUCGUCAUAUGGUGCUGACGGCGAGUAUCGUCUCGGUUGGUCUGGUUACAUCCGUAUCGACAACGUCACUUAUGAAUGGAUGGGCAACGGUUUUGGCACUCUUGUUCGUGCUGGUUCCGCUGCCACACAGCUCAGUGCAGAGUACACUGCUACUCGUACCAUGUUCACUUUCGAAGCUGACAAGGUCAAGUUCAACGUCACUUUCCUCACUCCCAUCACUCCCGAUGACUACCUUCGUCAGAGUCUGCCCUUGAGCUACCUGCACGUCGAGCUCGACAAGUCCACCAUCAAGGGUCGUAGCAUUCAGCUCUACACCGACAUCGACGAGCGAUGGGUUACUGGUCAUGACUUUGAUUACGAGAACUACGCCUACGACCAGCAGUACUACGAGAAGGAUGACACCUCGGUCUUCUUCGUCACACGCAAGCGUCCUCAGGUCUACACUGAGUACCGUCAGCGUGCCGAGUGGGGCAACGCCACUUAUGCUGCUAGGAACCACACCGGUCUCUCUUCACGUAACAACAACAAUGUCGUCGUUCACACCGAGUUCAUUGACCGUGGCAAGCUUUCGUUCGAUCAUGGUCCCGUCGGUGGCCCCGACAACUCGUUUGCCUUUGCCAUCGACUUUGACGCCAAGCAUGCCGAGAAGGAAGCGCUCUUUGUCGUGGGUCACAUGCGUACACCUUAUGUCAACUACAUCCGUGCUAAGUAUCCCGGCAGCAACUCGACCAAGAGCUACCAGGAGGAUCGCUACGGCUACUGGCAGACCAAAUUCGGUGACAAGCUUGAAGAUGCUGUUGCUUUCUUCAUGAACGACUUUGAAUCGGCUCUUGAGAAGGCCAAGGCUUUCGACAAGCAGGUAUUGGACGACUCGCGUGCUGCUGUUGGUGGUGGCGAAGUUGGUGACAAGUACGCUGCUAUCACUCAGCUUUCGCUGCGUCAGGCAUUUGCUACUUUCGAGAUCACGGUCAGCAAGGACUCCAAGGGCAAGUACAACACUUCCGACACUCUUCUCUUCCUCAAGGAGAUCUCAUCCAACGGAGACAUGUCGACCGUCGAUGUCAUCUUCCCUCUCUUCCCCCUGCUCUCCUACACCAACCCCGAUUUGCUUCGCGAUUUGAUGCUGCCGAUCUUUGAGUACACCGAAUCCGGCAUGUACCCCAACAAGUGGUGCGUCCACGAUCUCGGUACUUACCCCAACGCCUCCGGCUACAACGAUGGUAACGAUGAGCCCAUGCAAGUCGAAGAGUCGGGCAACAUGAUUUGGAUGACCCUUCACUGGGCCCAGCUGGUUGGCAAGGACAAAGCAGUCCCCUUCCUUACUCAGCACUACGACAUUAUGAAGCAAUGGUCAGAGUUCCUUGUCGAAGACAGUCUCAUCCCCGCCGAGCAGCUCUCCACAGACGACUUUGCCGGAACCCUGGCCAACCAAACCGACUUGGCCAUCAAAGGUAUCUCGGCCAUCGCCGCUAUGGGUCGUAUCGCCGAUAUCCUUGGUCACAACAAAGACGCCAAAUUCUACGCCAACAUCUCAUCCACUUACAUCAAGCUCUGGCAAGACUACGCUAUCUCUCACGAUGCUUCCCACACCAAACUCGCCUACCAAGCCGAUUCUUCUUGGGGUACACUGUACAAUCUCCUCGCUGAUCGCCUUCUCAACCUCAACCUUGUGCCUCAUGCUGUUUACAAGAUCCAAGAUGGAUGGUAUCCACGUGUGCAGGAGAAAUAUGGUGUACCUUUGGACUCGAGACAUAAAUGGACAAAGACCGACUGGGAGAUGUUUGCUGCUGCAGCUUCCGACGAUCCUGCUACGCACAAGCUGUUCAUUGAUUUGCUCUAUGCGUUCAUUAGGGAUGGAAAGACAGAUGCACCCUUUACGGAUCUGAUGGAGAGUACGACGGGUGAUUUCCCUAAGCAGCCGGAGGAUCCUUUGAUUCACUUCCUUGCUCGACCUGUGGUGGGUGGUCACUUCAGUUUCUUGGCCAAAGCCAAGGCGGAUAAGGCCAACGGUAUCGCAGAGGGUGCGUACAGGUACGGCGAUGAGAAUGAUGUUAUCACUGGAAGGAACGUCACCAAGCCACCUGGUAAGGAUAGUAAGAAGCAGAAGCCUUUCCAGCUGUCGGACUUGACGAGGAAGAAGUCCAACAAGCUUUCGAGCGGAUCGCAGCGUGCAUUCCAAUUGCCAGUCCAGGCCUAG